AUGAAGCCGUUCGACGUUGAAUUUGUUAUUGGUCUCUCUGGCUACUUCGUGAAGGACCUCGAAGCCGUUCGUCAGAGCCCAACCUACGAUCCCCUGGUCGACAACAUCGCCCCUCGCACUCCCGGUUUCCAGCAAGUCGUUCAGGCCGGCCAAGUGAUUUCGAUCCUGCUGUGGUUGCCCAAUGGUCAAUUGGCCGUGGGGGACUGUGUCGAUGUCAUCUUCUCUGGUGCUGCGUCUCGUGAUCCACUCUUUAUUGCCAACGAGCAUCUUCCCCUCCUUGAGUCUGUGGUCAAGCCAUGGCUGCUGAAUUGCGACAUUACCCAUUUUCGACCUAAUUCCAUCCGCGUCGAUUCACCGUGGCCUGAAUUACAGGAUCUUCGAUUGCACUCUGCCAUUCGUUAUGGUCUGUCGCAGGUGCUUCUGUCUGCCACGGCGUUGGUCCACUCAUGCUCCGCAGCCGAAAUCAUCACCCGCGAAUGGGGGACGAGCAUUAUCGACCGGCCUGUGGAUAUCUUGGCUUCCUGCCACCGCAACGAUUUCUUACAAUUGGACCGGAUGAUCAUGAAGCAAGUUUCGAUGUUACCCCACGCAUCUUUUAUUCACGUCCAUGAUCUUGGACCUCAAGGGACGACCCUGUUGGAGUUCGUGGAAAAGGUAUCCCGACGCGUACAGGAACGAGGAGUGUCAGGAUAUCGUCCGCGCUUGCACUUCGAUGUCUACGGGACCAUGGGGGAUUUGUUCCCAGACGUCGAUGAGUUAGUGUCAUUUUUGGGUGAAGUCCAGCGAGUCGCUCAGCCGUACGAUCUCCUCAUCGAGUCCCCGAUCAUCGCCGACACCAAGGCCGCUCAGACCCAGCUACUGAGGGACCUCCGACUGCGACUGCGGGAGCGGUCCAUUCCAGUGCAGAUCGUGGCGGACGAAUGGUGCAAUACGCUCGAAGACAUUCGGGAAUUUGCGGAUGCUGGUGCUGUAGAUUUUGUGCAGAUCAAGAUGCCCGAUCUGGGCGCCAUCCAUAAUAGUAUCGAUGCCAUACUCUACUGCCGUGAGAGGAAGGUCGGGUGCUGUCUGGGAGGGUCUGCAAAUGAAACAGACGUCUCUGCACGCAUCACGGCCCAUGUGGCAAUGGCAACGCAGCCCGACUUUCUGCUGUCCAAGCCGGGAAUCGGAGCGGAUGAAGGGGUGAUGAUUCUCACUAAUGAGAUGCUCCGCACCUCAGCUGUAGCCCGGAAGUCUCGACUGUACAAGAUUUAG